GGGACACACACCAUCCUCUCUGACCUGAGACCGUAGCAACAUCAAUCGGGAAAACGGGAAAACGUCGGGCCGCGCCAAUCACCCUGCCUCCCUGCCUCCGACAUGAAGACUCUCAGACGGCCCACUCUCUGAUCCUAUCACGCUCCGCGGGACGGACAUCAAUCGCUUCAAGCCGACAUGGCAUCUUCAGCCAUGAAAGCCGGCCAGAGCCUCAAGGGUAAAUCGGGUAUCUACACCCUUACGAAACAACUCUAUCCAACGAUUUGGCUAGCAACCGACGCAAGCGAUCGGACUGUCAUUAUCAAGCGCGAUAUUUCAAAACGUAUCGACACGGAACGGACUCUCCUUCACCGUUUCCAGAGCAACUCCCUCUUCCGACCAUUGAUUGACGAAAUCGAGGAAGCUAGACCCCAUGACCCUGCCGUGAUCGAACGAUCCAAACCGGAAGGAUCUGUUGCUACCGAGGAAUCCGAACCGGAUGAGUCCUCCACCAUUGUCUUGAGAUACUACGACAGUCAUAUCGGGGAGAUUGCAAAGGAAAAGGGCCUCUCAUCCCGAGAGGCCAAAUAUGUCGGUUCUCGAGUCCUGCAGGCUUUGCGAGACUUGCAUGCGAUAGGAUACAUCCACACAGACGUGAAGCCACGGAACAUCCUCGUCAACCUCUGCCAAGAAGGCGACAUGCGCUUCAAGGACGUUUGCUUGGCUGAUUUGGGAGAUGCCCUCACUACGGACAGCCACGAGGCAAGAAGCGGCUAUCCAUACGGCACCCCGCUGUUCCGAAGUCCCGAAGCCACCUUGAUGAUGCCCUUUACCACGGCUCAUGACAUCUGGUCUUUCGGUGCUACUAUGAUCUCGCUUAUAUAUGGUCGCAACUUCAGCAUAUUCACCCCGCGCUGUCGUCCUGAGGACGAGAUGUACGUGGAUGGUAUCGUCCGGAAUUUCCACAAGUAUUUCGGGCCAUUCCCGUCGUCGUACUUGACAAUUCCUGGCAUCGACGAAGUGAGGCUUGAAGCACUUACGGAGAUCACCGAGCAAGGAAAGGAGCGGGGACUCUUCAAGCGUGCAUCGUCCACAGAGAUUAGCAACCAAGACCGCGAUUUCAUCUGGAACCUGAUGAAGCUGGACUACAGAGACAGACCUACGGCUGCUGAGCUGUUGGAGAACGAAUGGUUUGCAGAUACGGAUAGAUAGAUGCUGGGCAUCCAAUGUCUCCAGUUUGUGAGAGAGUAAUUGGUUUUAACGUGGCUAGUACUCACAUAUCUGAGCUACGAAUACGAUGUAUUAGAACUUCUGAGGAGAGCAGCAAAGUGGGGCCAUUCAGGAUGCAGAGACAUAUGUAUUGAGGGAGGUACUCCUCUUAUAUAGGGUGGGAGGAGCACCGAGGUCUAUAUAUAUAUGAGCAGAGCUGACAUAUACCCCCUAAGCAUAGAGAGCCUAGCAAGUGGAGUUAUAUAUACACUAUGUCAUACGCAACUAUGGCAAGGGCACCCAUGACCGC